CCGCCGGGCCGCCGCCCCUCGCCCUUCCCGCGGGGCCGGGAGGAGGCCGGGGCCGGGGCGCGGGCGGGGGGCGGGCGUCCGCAGCGAGGCCUCGUGGGCCGGCCGGCUCGGCGAGGCCGCGUGCGCGCGGGAGGCGGGGGUGUGCCCGCGGGCGCGCGGCGCGGGAGGGUGUGCCCGCUCACGGCCGGCCGGCCGGCGGGAGGCGGGGGGCGGGGGGCCGGGCCCGGGGCUGGGCGGGCCGCGGGGUCCAGUGGAAGGUCCGCGGGAGGACACGCGCGAGCGCUCGGCCCCGCUCCCGUUGUCGAUCGCGAAGCCGCCUUGUGCCCGCCGCCGCCUCCGCUCCGCCUCCGCCGGCCGGAACCGUCCGCGCCCGUAGAACGGUCUCCAGCGCGUGGUGCCGCCCGCACCUUGGCCGCCCGCUCCCGCUCCCGCUCCCGCUCCCGCCUCCGACUUCUCUUUCCGACUCAGCGACGGCGGUCCCGGCGCCUUUAGCCCCGGUUCAGGCGGCCGCUGCGCCUCCCGCGGGGACGGGGCUGGAGGUAGGGCUUGCAGGUUCGCCGGCGAGGACCGACCUGCCGCCGUCCCGCAGGAGGCAGCUCCUCGUCCCCGUGCCGGGCAGGGACUCCGCCGGCGCCGAAACCCUCCUGCGAGACGCGGGUAACGUGGCGCGGUGCGUGGUGCGUGGCUUGUGUGUGCUCUCUUCCAGGGACAAUAAAAAUAAAAAUAAAAACAGAAAUACUACCGCUACGUCUGAACGGCCGGAGCCUGGCUCCCCCGCGCCGGGGACCUGGCGCCUUCAGGCGUGGGUCCUGCUCUGCGUCACUUGUGAGAAGUAGCCGUUUGGAAGUUUGGGGUGAAAUGGAGCCCGGAGCCCGGUCCCGGCGCCAGGAACGGGACCGAGCCCCGAGCCCCGAGCCCCGAGCCCCGAGCCCCGAGCCCGGGCGGCUGCAGCCGGUCAGGGAGGACAGGAAGGGCCCGCUGCCUCCUGGUCGGGUCUGGCGUCCCCAAGCUGGCUGUCCCUGAAUGUGGGGAAGACACGAUGGUGGCGAGGAGCCCCCCUUUCUCCCCCCCUCACCCCCCCAAGAGCUACCGCAUAGAGAGAACAGGGGCAGUGAAAAGGAAACAUUCUAAACGCAUGGAAAUUGUUUAAGCCCUCUCGUGUUUUUCCUGUGCUUUUUAGGAGACACCGUAGAACCUGGGAAAUGCAGUUACUGAAGUUUCCUUUGUUUACCUUGUUUUGGGGGGAAAGGUCGUCCCUGAAGAGUCCGGGUGUAGGCACACGUGUCCCAUCCGCCUUGGAAGUGAGGACCGGACUCUGCCUUGAGCGGGGCUGACUGUUUAUUGAAGGAUCCCUUACCAGACUCCGUGUGGGGGUGUGAGCUCCUGUGUGGAGCAGGCACUGUUGCUCUGCUCUAGGUCAGCCACACAGCACGGUUGGUUUACAAUAGCGAUUCCUGCUUUCCUGGACGCCCUCACGGGGGUGGGGGGGGGUGGGGGGGGUGAAAAGCCUUGAUGCACAACAUGGGAGCUCCUCCCAGGCGGAGGAGGCCAGGACUACAGAUAGGAGACUGUAACAGGGCGAGCUCGUGGCGAAGAGUUCCUUGGCCUAAAUAAAGAUUAAACAACAAAACUCAUUUUUCCUUCACAAAACUUCUUUUUAAGUUGGUGGUAAAUGUUUGACACACACAAAGACUCGCUGCUUUUGAACAAUUUUGCUUUUCAAUUUAGGAAAAUAGGAUUCUGAAAUUGGAUCAAUACUGGGAGGAGAAUGGAUGGAAAAGUUAACCCUGUGGUGCAUUCACUGCAGGGUGCCGCUGUGAGCGGGGCGCCUGAGGAGGCCGGAGGCUCCGGCUCACUCGGCAGCACUUGGCGGUCCCCCUGGGAAGCCUGGGGUAGCUCCUCCAUUCGAAGCUGGGCUGGUACAGUAGGCUUCACUAGACUUAGCUGCAACUCAGAAUUCUCCUCCCGCACCUGGGCAAAUGCUGACGGUCUGUGAGAGUGGAUUAAGAGUACGAGCUAAGUUCUCAAUCCCAAUUAAGAAGCGGAGGAAAAUUUAAACUGUCUCCUUCCGAGUUUAUCACACCACCACCAUCAAGACAGCAAACCAAAGGACAAAGACUGCCUGCUCUGUGGCUCUGUAGUCCAGCUCCCGUACGGCUUACAGCCCUGGCUGGGUUACUAAUGCGUAAAUAACAAGUCGGACACUUGCGUUGUUGGACACCGUUAUUCACAAAGUGGCCAACAUGCGGGCUGUGCUGGAGACGGCAGACAUUGCCGUGGUGGCCCUCUACUUUGUCCUGGUCCUGGGCAUUGGCUUCUUUGCCAUGUGGAAGUCUAACAGGAGCACCGUGAGCGGAUACUUCCUGGCCGGGCGCUCGAUGACCUGGGUAGCGAUUGGGGCCUCUCUGUUUGUGAGCAACAUUGGGAGUGAGCACUUCAUUGGGCUGGCGGGAUCUGGAGCGGCCAGUGGAUUUGCAGUCGGUGCGUGGGAGUUCAAUGCCUUACUGCUGCUGCAGCUCCUGGGAUGGGUUUUCGUCCCGAUUUACAUCCGGUCGGGGGUGUACACCAUGCCUGAGUACUUGUCCAAGCGCUUUGGUGGCCAUAGGAUUCAGGUCUAUUUUGCAGCCUUGUCUCUGAUUCUCUAUAUCUUCACCAAGCUCUCAGUGGAUCUGUAUUCAGGCGCCCUCUUUAUCCAAGAGUCUUUGGGUUGGAACCUGUAUGUGUCAGUCAUCCUGCUCAUUGGCAUGACUGCCUUGCUGACUGUCACCGGAGGCCUUGUUGCGGUGAUCUACACAGACACUCUCCAGGCGCUGCUCAUGAUCGUUGGGGCCCUCACGCUUAUGGUUUUUAGCAUGAUGGAGGUUGGCGGGUUUGAGGAAGUUAAGAGAAGGUACAUGUUGGCCUCACCCAAUGUCACUUCCAUCUUGUUGACAUACAACCUUUCCAACACCAAUUCUUGUAAAGUCCACCCUAAGAAAAAUGCACUGAAAAUGUUGCGGAGUGCGACAGAUGAAGAUGUGCCUUGGCCUGGAUUCCUUCUCGGGCAGACCCCAGCCUCCGUGUGGUACUGGUGCGCUGACCAGGUCAUCGUGCAGAGGGUACUGGCAGCUAAAAACAUUUCGCACGCCAAAGGCUCCACCCUGAUGGCUGGCUUCUUGAAGCUUCUGCCCAUGUUCAUCAUUGUGGUCCCAGGCAUGAUCUCCAGGAUACUGUUUGCGGAUGACAUAGCUUGCAUCAACCCGGAGCACUGCAUGCAGGUGUGCGGCAGCAGAGCCGGCUGCUCUAACAUCGCGUACCCGCGCCUGGUCAUGAAGCUGGUCCCCGUGGGCCUCCGGGGCCUGAUGAUGGCGGUGAUGAUCGCGGCUCUGAUGAGUGACUUGGACUCGAUCUUUAACAGCGCCAGCACCAUAUUCACCCUGGAUGUGUACAAACUCAUCCGCAAGAACGCCAGCUCCCGGGAACUCAUGAUCGUGGGGAGGGUAUUUGUGGCUUUCAUGGUGGUGAUCAGCAUUGCGUGGGUGCCAAUCAUCGUGGAGAUGCAAGGAGGCCAGAUGUACCUUUACAUUCAGGAGGUGGCAGAUUACCUGACGCCCCCCGUGGCGGCCCUGUUCCUUCUGGCAAUUUUCUGGAAGCGCUGCAAUGAGCAAGGGGCUUUCUAUGGGGGAGUGGCUGGCUUUGUUCUCGGAGCAGUGCGCUUAAUACUAGCCUUCACCUACCGGGUCCCGGAAUGUGACCAGCCCGAUAACAGGCCUGGCUUCAUCAAAGACAUUCAUUACAUGUACGUGGCCACCGCGUUGUUUUGGGUCACUGGACUCAUUACUGUAAUUGUUAGCCUCCUCACGGCACCGCCCACGAAGGAACAAAUCCGUACCACCACCUUUUGGUCUAAGAAGAGCGUGGUGGUGGAGGAGAGCUGCUCCCCGAAAGACGAACCAUACAAAAUGCAGGAGAAGAGCAUCCUGAGAUGCAGUGAGAACAGUGAGCCCAUCAACCACAUCAUUCCCAAUGGGAAGUCGGAAGACAGCAUUAAGGGCCUUCAGCCUGAAGAUGUUAACCUCUUGGGGACCUGCAGGGAGGAGGGCAACGCUGCGGCUUCCUUAGGUCAUUCAGAGGCAGAAACACCAGUAGACGCUUAUUCCAAUGGGCAAGCAGCACUCAUGGGUGAAAAAGAGAGAAAGAAAGAAGCAGAGGAUGGAGGCCGCUGCUGCAAGUUAAUAGAUUGGUUCUGUGGCUUUAAAAGUAAGAGCCUCAGCAAGAGGAGUCUCAGAGACCUGAUGGAGGAGGAGGCGGUCUGUUUACAGAUGCUGGAAGAGCCUCCACAUAUUAAACUAAUACUAGAUAUUGGACUUUUUGCGGUGUGUUCACUUGGAAUUUUCAUGUUUGUUUAUUUUUCCUUAUGAACUUUUAAGGAUAUGGUGAGACAGUAACUUAAGAAAAUACUGGUCUUUGGGAAAAAAAACUUACAUAACUGUUGCAUCUUUCAGGCAUUGUUUACGCUGUAGGUUUUAGCCAAAUUUUACUCAGCAGAACAUCAUCUAUUUGCAAGACUUUAUUUUCCCAGAGACGGCUGAAAGUAAACUUUCAAUGUAAAUGAAGCAAAGCUUGUGUAAUAGACUGAAUUGUGCAAAUAUGGUUUAAAAUUUUUCAUACCAAAGUAAGACCAAUUAUUCUCACAGAACACGUAGAGCAGAUAUAAGCUGUCACGAGAAAGUGAACUGUCUGCACUGCCAGGUCCUGGUAGAUUUUAGCCUGAAGUAGAAGACUUGCUCAUUUCAGAGUUUUUUCCUGUCUCUGUAAUCCCUCCUACCAUUUAAAAAAAAAAAAAAAUUUGCACUUGUAGAGAUUGUAUAAUCAAUUCUGUACUGAAAAUCUAACUUAUGUGCUAGUGAGGCACUUGUUCCAGGACAAGUUAGUUAGCUGCCGGGUUCAUUUGGUUAGCAUGAGCCUGUGGAUUCUGAUUGCCAAAAGAAAGGAAGACCAUCUUUCUGUAGCUAUUCUUGUACCACCACUAUAUGCAGUGUUGGGGGAAAGUUUGUUCAGUUCCUUUUUUCCCCACUUUGAAUUUUAGUGAACCAUACUCAAAUGACCACCAAGUCUGUCUUUAUAAAGUUAUAUGCCAUUACUGUAUUUUUAAGUGGUUAUGGGGGGAAGAUGAAGUAACAUUGCUGAUGACCUCCACAUUCAUUGGCCAAAUUAAGGUUGUUCAUAUUGCUUGGGAGUUUUGCAGCCCCUAAGCAGUGUCGGACCAGCUUCCGCUGAGCAGGUGAUUGCUUGUACUCCAUUAACUCCCUAGGCACGGGCUUGGCAUUUGGUGACGCUCUUGCGUAGCCAGAUGGCUUCCCAAGUAGAUCCAGUUGGAAGAUAUGUUCAGAAAUUGAAGAAAAAUUGACACUGCCUUAGUGCUGGGUUGCCCUGCCUGAUCAGAUCACGCUAUAUGGAGGUUGUUUAGGCUUUAGAGGGAAAAUUUAAUUCUGAGAGUAUGUUUAUUCUUGAUCAGUGUUUUUCUUGCUACACCUUUUCAAAAGACUUGCCAUCCGAACCCGGCCUAUACAUUUUUGCUUAAAAAGUUAAGUGACUUAGAGCAUGAAGAUGUUUGAAUGCAAACUGGCCAUGAGUAAGGGGCACUCAGUGCAUGUUUGCCGUGGGGAGAUUGUCAGUAUCGUCCUUACAGAAUGGACAGCAUGUGUGAGAGGUGCUGUGAGCAGGAGCUCCGGGUUUAGUAGCGUGCCUCCCGGAGGGUUACAGGACCUGUGUGAUCAUAGGACCCUUUAUCUUGACAUGGCUUGGUUCACAGUUGCAACCUCCAUAGAUGGGAUUCGGCGUUCACGGGCUGAUGCCCCCUCACGAGGGCAAGGUGCACAGAAGGUGGUAGAGGGAAGCUCCGCAGAUUCUGGAGUUCAGUGUCUGUGCAGCGCCAUCCCCUCCCAAACUCCAUGACAGAUGAAGGACACUGCCUGUGUGUCUACUUUCUUUGACUUUUCUGUACUCUGAUACUUUUUAAAUCGCAUGAUUUUAUUAAGCUUAUAUUCAGGCAAAAUUAUUACUUUUUUAGGUACUUUUGUAGGUUUUGAAUCAAAACUCAGUCCUAAUGACAUUAACUAUUUUGUAUUCUAUAAAUCAGUUUCAUUAAUGAUGGACUUGAUUAGUCCAAAGUUGAUUUAGAAAUGAUCGGGGAGCUUAAUAUCUCCCCACCAGCAGGAGGCUUUCUGAUGGACUGGGGCUGUAGCCGAGAAAACACUUCUUAUGUGAAUAGCAUGGUUGUUGAGAGCUUACAGUGCCUUGUAGAAUUUCUUCUCAAUUUCACUCUUAAGGUUUAUAAGUUGGGGGCCAAAUAAAUAGGGACCAUCCUUUUCUUGCCUGGAGGCUGAGGCUGUGACACGUCCAAGGUUAUUACAAACUCCACUGGGAAGAACAGACAACCAGGUGUCCACUCUGGACUCAUGGUUUGUUCAUGGUUCGUCCUUUUCUCAAAGAAUGUUCCUCCUCUGAGAUAACCUUCCGCAUUUGGGAAAUAGCAGGCUCUCCGAUUUUUCAAAAUGCCAUUCAGUUGGAGGAAUUGGCAUUUUCUUUGAUGACAUUGCUGGUUGGUCACCCAGCAGUGAGGAUCGCCAUACUGGCCGGGCAGCCUUCUUACCCUUUGUACUCACAGCACAAAUGAGUAGGUGGUGUUCAUGUCGACUCCCCCUUUAUUUUAUGUUGUGUCCUCACUUUUGGAGUAUUAGGGUCCCCCUGCCUUCUCUGCUGUUGUCUUAGUAUAAUAGUGAAAUGCAUCAUCUGUGUCUGUUCGUGUGUGUAUAUAGCAAUAGGUCAAGUUUAGAGUACUAACGCCUGUAAAUAAGGAAUGACUAUUAGCAUAUCCAUUAGGCUGUUUAUUCUUUGCCGUGUAAACAUCACUUUGUUUAGACUGAAGUCCCUGAAGCUUGUCCUUGCUGCUUCCCAGCAGUAGAUAACGUGCUUGAAAGGAUGUGGGUUGCUGAGGGCAGCUUCAUUUCAGGGGUUCAUUUUCAGUCUGAGGUCAUUAGAAUGAUUGUUCACGGAAUGAUACGUGGUCUGUCUGAAGCUAGCAAAAAUAUUCAUUCUUCACACUAAUGAAAUGAGUCCUAAAUGGUAUUGAUCUCUCUAUAUAGACAUGUAUAUAUUUUUAUAUUGGUUCAAGCUAAGGUUCAGAAUUGACCAAGAGGAAUAGUGACUAAAAUAGCUGAGAGUCAGAAUGAGGUGAGAACACUGGUCUUCACAGGGCAGAAGAUCCAGUCUGACCUGCGGUGAAUGGUAGCCCCGUCCUCAGAUUUGUCCUUUGGCCCUCUUCGUCUCAAGGUCUGAUGAGAGAGCGUCUUACUCUGGUUUGCAGAAUAAUUUGUGGCUCUGUUGUGGGACCUCUGAUUCCUCUGUUCAUUUAAGAGCGUUUUGUCGUGCCACCCAAGGGAGCCAGCAGCUUUUGAAACACCUGAGCCCGUUUCCGGCUCUUCUUUCCUGUGAGGUUGUCCCGCCGUCUCUAAGUUAGAGAGGCACCCAGUGGAGCAGCGGGCUGUGUCCUGGGCCAGAUCCCACAGAUCCGACCUCCCAGCACUUCUGUUCACUGGCUGUGAGAGGGUCACAGUAGCCAUAGCUUUUAGAGAUGGCACCUCCUGUAAUGAGCAGGGACCCACCACUUUGUGAAAUCCACAUUUUGAGGACUGAGUGGAAAGGUUAACGGCGCUCUAACCUGAGGCUGAGUGUGUCCUGGGCUGUGGGUGUCAAGUCUGCGCUGUUCUUAGGCACUCCAGUGCCCUCUCCCUAUUCUGGGCGUGGGGAUCUUACCCCCCGCCCCCCCCCCCCCCCAAUAACAUUUAAUGUAGGCGAUGGGUUAGUGGCAUUCUUUACCACCCUAUAGAGUGGCCAUAUUACCAGCCAUUGGAAGAUCAGGCCAUCAGUGUUCCCACUGGGCGUGUCCGCUCACUGCUUUCCUUGUCCUUCACUCCUCUGUGCGUUUCCAUCUGAGAUGCUGCCACGGGAAAGGACCACCUGGGCACCAGGCAGUGGCGUCUCCCCAUGCCCAGGCUUGGGUUAAGGGACGUAUACAGACCCUUCCGGUUCCAUCAUGUGGCUGCAGAGACUUGCAGACAGGCUUCCUAGGAACAGGAACACUGUUUAGUGCGAUGCGGAGAGGCUCCUGGGAGACACAGCGUUAACAAGUCCGGAAAGGACAGACAUGAGCUUAAAAGUGUGUAGAAUCACAUUCCUGGAAUUCUCAGCAUCUUGACUCUCAGCUGGUUUAACCCGCGUUCCCCCCCCCCCACCCCCCCACCCCCAUAUAGGUUAGGGCAUCAGUGAAUAAGAUGCAGCCUGUUAAACCCUGGUUUGAUGUUUGAUACUGUGAAGUAGGAGUUUAUGAACAUAUUUGAAGUUAAAAUGACUAAUAUUUGAAUGGUUUUAGGCUUCAGUAUUCAUAAGGUUUCUUAUUAGCCGAAUGUUAAAUGCUUCAUUUCAAUGUUGAAGACUUGACUAGUGAGGGUGUGUGUGUCCGUGAGAAUAGCCACCUGUCAUGCAGAGAGACUGUCUUCUCCCUGAGUCUCUCCCUUUAGACUGCUUUCAUUCUUCCCCUGGGCUCGGCCUUUUGUCCCCUUAGCUCAUUUCCAGGCUAAUUGCUAUGGUAUGCAAAAGCGCUGCUCUUGCACCAGUGUGAAGACUUGUAUCCAAAUAAUGAUCCAUUAACUAUAGAUGUGUCUAAAAAAUACCACAUUUCUAUUAGCUUAAACUGUUAAUUCUCAAGAAUGAUUUUCUCAGAGUGUGUGUUCACUAAUAAGAAAAGCCCUAAUUCAGUAUUUUAUUCUCAAAACUUCUUUUUUAAAAAUUAGGGAGACAGCAGUAAUUAAUUUAUGAGACCUUUUGAAAAGACUGUGCCACAGUGCAGAGAGGAAUGGUGUUUUGAUGUCAAAAAACCUUGUUACACUAAGGUAAAAAGUUGGAGUAGUCAGUUGGCAUCUAGAGAAACCCCUUUGUACUAGUUAGGUAUGAAGUUGGACUACACGAGAAGUAAUCUUGGUUCCUACACUUGGUUAGACUUUUGACUCAACCCCUUUUCCUCCAUUAAAGUCCCGUCUCUUCAUCGGCAUGCUGUUGGUCUGACUCGGCUACCUUUACUCCCAGAACAGCAUUUAGCUAAGGCCCCAAAUAACUCACAGGCGUGGCCAGUGCUGUGCCCACACUCUGUUCACCUACUCCUCGUAUACAUGUUUUUAUUUAAGCUUCUCCCUCCACAGCUGGGAACAAGGCUUUCAACUGCUCAUUGACUUCGAAAGGCAUGUUGUGUCAUCUGUGUUUUUGUUUCCAUCUCAAAUCCUUUAUGAAGGAUAGAUUGAGUUUUCUGUUUGAGGUUAGACAUUCCAUUUAUGUGGUAACUGACAGCCUUAGCCAUUGGCAUGUAGUCUUUGAUUCAGAAGUAAACAGUGUGGUGUAUCUGUAUCAUUACUCAUGUCACGCACAUGACUUUCUAAGAAGCUGUUGACUUAACCCAUGAGCCUCACUCUGUACGGACCUUUGCAGUUUGUUGUGGUUACCGGGAUGUACAGUGUUUGAAGGAAGAUGCUGGAGUAAAUAACGCAACUGAAGAGCAAGUCAAGGCAAAGCGCCAUGGCCUCAGCUUCGUCUAGUGGAGCUGCGGUGGCUCUGCUCUCCUCAGAAAAGCGCUGUAACUGUUGCCAUGACAACCCCCCCCCCCCCCGCCCCCAGUUCAAGACAUUUCACAGUCAGAGAACUCUGUAAAUAAGGGAAAUACAUAUUUCAGUGACUUUGGCAAUAGCACAAGUUGACGGUAGAUAACCACAGCCUUAUUGGAGACUGACUUAUCUCGGUGAAUUCACCUUGUUGCCCUCGUGCUGUGGAGAAAGGAAUGUUUCCUUUUUGUGAAGGCCUCUGGGCUAACUAGUCUGGAUAAUUCUUCAGUAUCAGUGUAGCCUAGACUUCUUUAAGUGGGAUGUUUUUAAUAACUCACUUUUUUGUUAUAAUAGUGGGAAACAAAUUAAACUCAUUGCUGUUACUGAAAUCCCAAGUUGUCAAAGGCCAGUCUAUAGUGCGUCUGGAAUCGAAUCUGCUUCUGAGCUUUGUGUUGUGACUAGUGCCUGUGGUUGCCAGUGCUGACUGCCAGUUUACACCUUUCCUUUUCCUGAUUGAAAUGGGUUAGUUUCUCUUUUUAAAUUUUGUUACAGCUUUAGUGAGGGAAGUAAAAAAAAGUGCAUUUAUAUUUACGUACCUUAUAUGCAGCCUUUAUUUAGGUUCAAGGAAACCAGGUAGCUCCAAUUGGUGUUGCAGCUUAAAUGUUAUUUAUUGCACAUGUUUAUUUCCUUAAUUAAAAAGUAAGGUUCUUAUAUUAAUUUUGUGAGUAUAUCUUAACUUUAUCAUUAUCCAGUAUAGGUUUGAUAGAUGUAUCUGAGAACCUGUAUGUGACAGCAAUUCACAUUCCAUGAUAGGGAAAAGGGCAGAGACCCAUAGAAAGCACAAAAUCCUGUCCACACGUGUGUCUCCACAUGUAGAAAGCACAAGAGUAACGGUACUCAGUAUCCCACAAGUGCCAGCCAUAGAACCCGCCAGGGUUUGGGGUUAGGAUGGGACCACAGUAUUGAAAGCCCUCGACAAUGACGUAUGGCUUCCAAAGGAUAAGCAGUCCAGUGUGAUCACCUGAGGAAGUUUGUAUUUUGGUGGAGGGAGAGCAUACAAAUGUCAGUAAUGCUACAGUUUUAUUUGAGGAUCACCAGCUACAGUGGGGUCUGUGGGCUCUUUCCCACAAUCUGGAAGCAAAGAAGCAAGGACAGACUUGGUUUUUGGUGGGUGGAACGGCUUGACAAACUUGUGCUAUAGAGCUAUUGGAGGUUGGAGGGUUUAUUUGUUUUGAUCUUAAAGCUUAAGGGUAUUUAAUCUCCCGUGAAUACUGCCCUGAAAAUGUGGAGAAAUUCCCUAUUUUAACAGGGCAACUCCCACUUGCCUUUCAUCUUUCUGUAGGUUUGUGUGGAAGGGGUGACGUUACCUUGCCCUUCGCUCUGCUACCAGAAUUUCACCCAGGUGUUCUAGCACCAAACUAAUUCUGAGAGCUCCCAGAUGAGCUCCUUGCUUUUCACGGUGGCUGUGAGGAUCUGCAGGGUUCUUUUGCCUGUCCCAUUCCCUGCUUCAAGACCAGAUUAAUGCAGUCAGUGAAUGAGUGAGCAAAAGAAGGAAACGGUGUGUUUGGUUCUGCUUGGCAUUGUCCUUACCUUACCCUGACUUUCUCUACCUGAAUAGUUCCUGUUUAUCAAGAAUGAAUAAGGAGCCCGGCUGGCGUGGCUCAGUGGUUGAGGGUCGACCUAUGAACCAGGAGGUCACAGUUCGAUUCCCGGGGAAAGGCACAUGCCUGGGUUGUGGGCUCCAGCCCCAGUGUAGGGUGUGCAGGAGGCAGCCAGUCCAUGAUUCUCUCAUCAUUGUUUCUCUCUCUCUCUCUCUCUCUCUCUCUCUCUCUCUCUCUCUCUCUUUCUCUUUGUUUUUCUUUCGCCCUCUCUAUCUCUGAAGUCAAUAAAAAUACUUUUUGUAAAAAGAAUGAACAAGGAUAUCUUUGUCUUUGGUUUUGCCUACAUGUCAAAAGAUAAAACUCAGAAUGGGGAGAAGUAACUACCAUUGCUCCCACUCUGUUUUGUAUGUUUGUCUUCUUAGAGAAAGACUUGGUGAACUCUGAUACCCUGGAAUGGGAUUGAAGCUGGGUACACUAAUGUGACAGGUGCUAGGAGGGUUCACCUGACACCUGGAGGGAGAGAUUCUCCUCCCGCAGGAAGUAGCGGGCGCCCCUCCACUUUAUCUAGAACAGGGGUCCUCGAACUACGGCCCGCGGGGCCACAUGCAAAUACAAAUAUUGUAUUUUUUCCCGUUUUGUUUACUUCAAAAUAAGAUAUGUGCAGUGUGCAUAGGAAUUUGUUCAUAGUUUUUUUUUAAACUGUAGUCCGGCCCUCCAACGGUCUGAGGGACAGUGAACUGGCCCCCUGUUUAAACAGUUUGAGGACCCCUGGUCUAGAAGGUAAAGCCUCAGGCUUCGGGCUGAGAGAGGGUAGCGCCAGAAAGUCAAGACAGAGGACAGGUCUGAGGAGCACCUUGGCCGGCAGCCGGUGGUCAGGCAAGGCAGCUAGGCCCUGGUCGUCUCUUGUAGUAUGUGCUCUGCACAUUACAUGUUGCUUCUAAACGCAGGUGUGUGUGAGAACUUAAUGCUGUGCAAGAUUCUUUUGUCAGAAUAUCUUUUGUUUAUAAUUCCAUGAAGAUUGCUUUAAUUAGUCUAGGUGAAGGAGGCCUCGCUGUGUAAAUAUGUAUAAUAGAAACUCCUGAUUUCACUGUGAGAUCUCUAACUUUUGAGUGGCAAACAGAUCAACAAGUCUUUUGCUCAUGGAUUUUUCUGUGGGGUUAUUACAAUACAAAAGCUUUAUUUUUUUUAAUAAUGACAUGUUACGUUAGAUGAUGGUAUGGAAUCGUUCCCUGCUUCCCCACCAGUACUGCUUCCGUGUGUGGAUUGCCAACAGAGUUCAGAAAUCGAGCGGGAUUUGCCAUUCUUUGCUUGGACAUCCUGUUUUCUGUUGCCCAGACACAGGUUGGCAAUCACCUGAACCGUGUUGGCUUCUCAGUGCUUUUUGUUUGUUUGAUGAGGUGGAUUUCAAACACAGUUGCUGUGCAAAGGUCAGUAGUCUUCUUCAAGAAGAAACCAACUCCUGUUUAGUGUCCAGUGAGAUGCUUCCUCCAUUUCUUCACUCUCAAGCCAGUGUCAGCGGAGCACUGCGGCUUUGUCUAAUGACUUGGAUAUGUAAGUAUUAACGCGUUUUUAGAAGACGUCCACAUUGAAAAUGUCUUCCCAGUGUCCUGCCUUUAUGCUUCCUUCAGACUCCUGUUGAGAGACCCGCCUGCACACUGAGGUGUGUAGUGUGUAUUGUGUACAUGCAUCAACUCAUCACUUGUUCAUUGUAGACCAAAUGGAAUCAUAAAUGAAUGUGCUGAAUUAUUGGUGAGUUUUUUGAAUUGUAAAUAGAUUUCCAGUAUACCCUUUAUUGUCUACAGCUUUUGUUUUUUAAAGGUUUAUAACUAGUUGGGUCCAUCUCAUACAAUGUUUUAGUUACAAGCAGAAAGUAGAAUUUGAUUAAACCAGGUUAUUUACAUAUUGAAAGGAAUACAAUUGAGAUUGUAGAUUUAGGAUUGUUAACCAUACAUGACAGUUCUAGCUUGACUAUUUUAGCCUACUGUAUACAAUCUGAUUUAUAAAAUUGUAGACAUGUAUGAUCUUGGUUUCAUGUGUUUUUAAAAGUGUUAUUGUUUUAAAAAAGCAAAAAAAAAAGCAGAUCUGCUAAAGAGCUGUCAGUUCUCAUCCCUGACUCUGUAGAAUACACUGUUCUCUGUGUACUGUGUGUCAUUUUGCCAGCUGCUGCGUUCGCCUUCAAAAGUAUUUGGAAACUUAAGAUGAACUACAUUUCUUGCAAAGUAUAUUCCUUUCUGUGGUAUUUUUGUCCUGUAACUGAAGUAUAGUAAUUAUUUUAUGGAAAUGUUAGCACUUAUGUACCAACUUUGAAUAAAAUGAAAAAUUGA